CCCCCACCGCCCCCUCCACCACCACAAAUAGCGCCAUAUACUUCUCCUCCGCCGAAGUCAAACGCCAGUCUCCCAGACACGGCGGCCGAAGUCCUCUCGCCGAGUAGUAAAGCACAACCAUCCUCUUUAUCCCUCGCCGCCGCCAUGGCGGGGGGGAGCAAGGGACCGCAGUCGAUGAACAGGCCCAGUGCGAGACACUCCAGGUUUCAAUCGUUGGCGGCGCAAGAUUUAGACGUGAGAAAAGACCGGCAUUUGGACACGAUGCAGUGCGUGCAACUGCCGAAGAACCAGAAGAAGCCCAUUAUGGAUUGCAAAUAUGUCUGGGUCUGGAGGAAUGCGAACUUGUGAUGCAAAUUUCACAACACAUGAAAAUCUCUCAUGCAUAGGCAACAAAAGCUGCCCACUUUCUGUCACCAAAAUGUGGCAUUUGUGAUGCGGAUUCGGCAUUGCGGAAGCUUCUCGAAAUCUGUGAUGCUAGAGCUUCCAUGCCAGACCUUAUGCGUCAUGCAAAAGCAGCAUGACUCUUCCAGACCCAGACAUUUUUGCAGUUGAUACCCAUGAUUGCGGUACAACACACCUUCUGGCUGGUGUUCGGCGGCAUGCCGUUGGUGAUAUUGUGGGCGGUGUUCGGCUGCUUAAUGAUCUUCCCCGGGGCUUUGCUUGGUGCUUACAGUCACGCCUGGAACUGUUGGGGCAUUGCGGCGAUCAUAUUAUAUCCGUGGAAGAAGGAUAAAAACAUCUGGCAGAAACCAAACCAACGCGCAGCGGCGGGUGGAGUGGGCAAUAUUCUGUGGUUUCCCUUUGGAUUAGUCCUGUUCUUGCUCCACUUACUCGGGGCGUUUUUGUGUUUACUGUCCGUCGUCUGCAUCCCCGUGGCGUGUAAUCACAUGCGACUCGCGAAUAUUGCUUUAACCCCGUUCGGGUUGGCGUUUACGCGGGACGACGCGAAGGAGGCAAUAGUUCUGAAACCCAGAGAAACCGUGGCGAGUCAGAUGCAUUCAAGGAUAUCGACGCGGGGGAAUUUCUGGAACUCGAAAUCCAAAGCGAGUCAGAUAAUGUAGUAUUUAUUCACAGUAUCUACUACAAAACGAGAUAGAUUAGGUUGAUUUUCAUGUUUUUUUUUCCUUGUAUCCCCAGAAUCUGCCCUUGAAGCCCGUAACCUAAAAACCCACCUAUCCUUUAAAAAAAGUAGAUCCUAAGUUCUCUAAUCUGCCACCUUGAAAACAUGAGGCGAAUUUGUCCUUGAGUUUAGAAGAAGACGACAGCAACCGGAUCGGACCCCACUAGUGAUACACAAGAACCCACAGCACUGCUAGUAACAGUGCAUUCGAGUUUUAUCUUCUUUUAUUUCAACCUCUGACGUCAACUGUAUCUACUUCCGUCGUACUUUCUUGUGUUUGUUUCGAAUUAUUUCUCUUUGUUGCAAA